AUGAGAAUCUGCCCACAAAAGCACACGUGUGCAUCCAUUCAACCGUCACAUCCUCCGCAGCACGAUGUUUGCGAGUGCGUGAGCUCAUUCAAAGAGGGUAACUUGUGUCUUUAGGUGUCUAAAUCUGCUGUCCGCCCCCCCCAACAUACACGCACAUCAGCGACUCCUCCCACUCCUCCGAACCAACCCCCCCAUCCACCCAGGUCGACCCAGCAGGACGGUGUAGCGAUUCCGGGCGCAGCGCUGAAACCAGAGCUUCGCCCCUGACGCGGACGCAGGCAGGAAACAACCCCACCGAAGGCUUCUGUAGGAGACCGAGCGCUUUCAGUGGGUGUCUGUCUUGCGGGUGCGUGCGUACCGGUUGUUUUUUCUGAGCCGUUGGACUGACGCACGGAUACUGCAGCAGAACUGCAGGGGCCUGGACGCUAACCUGGAGGACAUGAGGACCCAGUGGAUCCCCCACCCCUGAGCUCCAGACCCCACUGCUGCUGCACAUUCUGCUGAGGUGCUGCUCUCUCCUCUGCUCUGGACAUUUUUGGGAUGCGUGUGUGUGCUGGUGGUGCAGCUGAGCAGAGCUCCCAGAGGCCGAUAGGAUGCUGACAGCUCGCGAUGGAGCUCGAGAUGAAGCUCAGAAGCUGCACAGGAAAUGGAUGAAGCACCAGGCCUUCAUGGCCGAACUGGCCCGUAACAAAGAAUGGCUCGCCAAGAUCGAACAGGAGGGCGAGGAGCUGAUCCAGGAACAGCCCGAGUUGCGAUCGGUGGUGGAGAUGAAGUUGAAGGAAAUCAGAGAGUGCUGGUCUCACCUGGAGAACACCACCAAAGUCAAGGCCCGCCAACUGUUUGAAACCCAGAACCACCGCACUACCGACCUGCCCACCAACACCCUCAGCGACCUGGACCAGCAUCUCACCGCCAUACAGGAUCAUCUGCCCACACUAGGCUCCACCCACAGCACCCAACCCACCCUCCUUCAGCCACGCCCCACUUUCAGCCAGCAGCUCCAGAGGAUACAAUCAAUGGAAGCCCAGAUGCAGCUUUAUCAAGGUGUUGGUGAAGUCAGGGCUGGUGCUGAUCACCGGAGACCAGAAGGAGAAGAGCAAGGUGGUGUGACGGAGACCCGAAUCGUCCGUCUUAUCGAGCCUCUGAAGGAAAGGAGGCGGAUCCUUCUCGCCUCAAAAGAACUGCACCAAGUUACCCAGGACCUGGAGGAUGAGAUUGUAUGGAUUCAGGAUCGGCUACUUUUGGCUUCAUCUACAGAAUAUGGGGCCAAUUUGCAGAGUGUCCAACAUUUAAUCAUGAACCAUAAGGCGCUGCAGAUGGAGAUACAGUCUCAGAGGGGGCGGGUCGAGGAGGUGCUGGAAAGGGCAGAGGCCGUUGCUGCCCUGCGGACCCCAGAGGUGGAGUUUGUGCGGGAGGGGGCGGGUCAUGUGAGGCAGCUGUGGGAGGUUCUCCAGGUAGAGAUGGAACGUCGCACAGUGAUGCUGGAUGCUGUGAACCAUGCCCAGCAAUACUACACCCAGGCUGCGAAGGCGGAGUCUUGGCUCAGCGGACAGAAACUUCAGGUCCUCAAUGAGGAGAAAGGAAACGAUGAGGCCAGCACUCUUAGGUUACUGAAAGAGCAGUUGGCCUUAGAGCAAACAGUGGAGAAUUAUGCAGAGACCGUAAGCUCACUGUCCCAGCAGUGCCGUCGCAUGCUUGAGCUGGGACAUCCAGACAGUGAGCUAAUCACCAAACAGCAGGCUCAUAUAGACCGGCUAUAUGUGUCUCUAAAAGACCUGGUAGAACAGAGGAAAACAAAGCUGGAGCAGCAAUACUGGUUGUAUCAGCUUAAGCGUGAGGUAGAGGCACUGGAGAAAUGGAUCUCUGAGAGGGAGGCUGUCGCCAGCUCCACUGAACUCGGCCAGGACCUAGAACACGUCACGGCUCUGCAGAGCAGCUUUACACAGUUCUCCACUGAGACACGUGCAGUCGGCCAGAAACAGAUGGAUUCAGUCAAUAAGAUGGUGAAUGAGAUGAUUGACUGCAGUCACUCUGAUGCUGCCACCAUUGCAGAGUGGAAAGAUGGGCUGAAUGAGUCAUGGGCUGAUCUUCUUGAGCUCAUGGACACCAGAGCGCAGAUGCUUGCAGCCUCGUACCAGCUACACAAGUUCUUCACAGACUGUCAGGAGGUGCUGGUCCAGAUCGAGGGAAAGAUGAGACAGCUGCCAGAGGUGAGGUCAUGUCAGGUGAGCUCAGCCAACCCUGGCACACUGCAGAGACUCCUGCACUCUUUUGAGCACUCCCUGCAGCUGCUGGUCUCACAGGUACGCCAACUGCAAGAAAACGCAGCUCAGCUGCGUGCGAUUUAUGCCGGAGAGAAGGCAGAUGCCAUUUUAUCCCGUGAGCAGGAAGUGAUGCAGGCCUGGAAAGAGCUCCUUGUCGCAUGUGAGGGCAGCCGUGUGCAGGUCACCACAGUAACUGAUAAGAUCCAGUUCUUCGCAGUGGUGCGUGAACUAAGCAUGUGGAUGGAUGGAAUAAUGGGACAGAUCGGCUCAACUGAUGAUGCCAGGCGUGGGUCUUGGUGUUGGGCGGGUCCUUGUGUACGUGUCAGGGACCUCUCUGUGCUGGAUGGCAUGAUGUCCCAACAUCAGAAUCUGAAGAGUAAGAUAGAUAACAAGAGCAAGAACUUUGUGCAUUGUGUGGAGAUGGGAAAAAUGCUGCUCGCGGCACGCAACCCUGCAGCUGAAGAGGUAAAGGAGAAGUUGGAGUACGUCAUGGCAAAGCAGAAAGAUCUGAAUGAUCGAUGGGAACAGCACUGGGAGAAGCUUCAGCAAGCCCAGCAGAGGCUACAGUCCAACCAGCCAGGAUCAGCGGAGCAGUCCUGGCUCUCAAUCAAGGAACCAAUCACUCCAAAUACCCGUGAGGCAGGUGGCGGGACAGACGAGGUGGAGGAGCUUAUUCGCCGGCAUGAAGCAUUCCGGAAGGCUGCGUCCACAUGGAAGGAUCACUUCAGCUCGUUACGCCAGGCAGAGAAAAUGAAGGAGGAACUGAACAAGCCGCCUUCUACCUCCUCUCUCCUCAGCAGGCAGAUGUUCCCUCUCUCUUGUCUUGUGCCCAGCUCUUCUUCCUCAUCUUCAUCCUCCUCUCUCUUCCGUAACCCUCUUCAGGACUCACUUCUGGAGUCUAAGCCCGGUCCGGACCUCAUACACGCCACAGAAAACACCAUGGCGAACACACUCGCUCAGCGGCUCGGAUCCACUCUGAACCCCUACACACCUGUCAUGAAUGGCUCCUCGUACCACGGGCUGAAUCAGCCAUCAGGGGGUGUAGCAGAGGGUCUUUCUUAUCAUGGCCUAAAACAAGGUGUUUCAGGCUUGGAUAAUUCUGGCUAUCAGGGGUUAAACCAACAAAUUGGUGUCUUGGGGGUGAACAGCUCCAGCUACACUGGGCUUAACCAACAGGUUGUUUUAGGAGAAGAUAGCUCCAGCUACCACAGCCUGAACCAUUUAGGUGCUGUGGGGGUGGGAGUGGAGCCCAAAAUGGGAUAUGCUUGGCAGCAUCUGAAAGCUGAUUGCCUUCAGCCCAAAAUCAACCACAUUCACAAAGCGGUUCCACCUUUACUGGAGGCGCACCGAGCACAGCUCGCCGGUGGAGCAGCAAACAUGCCAGCUCCUCCUAUGGGCCUGGAUCCUUCCCUGGAGAUGAUCCACAGCCGGUUACAGAGAGACCCUCGUGGGAGCCGAUCUGACCCUCAAAUGGAUCACUUGAGGCGGGAGAGAGAGUACCGGCUUGGCCGACAGACCUCCAGCGAGCAGGAGAUCCAGGCACGACUUAACGAGCUCCCGCUGAUUGUUAGGCAGGAACGCUACCGUCGAAGAAUGGAGAGACAGUCGUCCAGUGAGCAGGAGGGCAGUGGUAGGCAGAGAGUACAGAAACAUGACUCCAGCGAUGCAGAAUCUGGGAAAGAGCCAUCUGACAAGAGACCAUCUGGGGAGAAGCGUUCCACUAUGGCUGAGAUUGUUGAGCAAGUGCAGGAGAGAGAAGCUUGUCAUGCGAGAGGCGAGGUGUACAGACCCCCCAGCAGCCUCUCUGCCCCAGUAAGUCGUCUGGAUCGCCCUCGAGCUCGAGACCGCCCCAAACCACGGCGAAGACCCCGUCCAAAAGAACCCGAGGAGCCACGGAGGUCCCGUUCCGCACCUGCUCAGAGCAUCCCAUCCACACCUCAGCCUCCUACCCACACCGUUGAACACGAAGGCUUCCUGUACAGGAAACACGAAGAGGAAGGGAAAGAGAGAAGCCCAAAUAGCAAGUCGUGGGUAAAUCUGUUCUGCGUGCUCAAACAAGGAGAGAUCGGUUUUUACAAGGAUGCCCGACACAAAACAACACCCUACAACGAUGAGCCACUUCUCAACUUGGCCAUCUGCGAAUUUGACACUACCAAUGGAUAUAAAAAGAAGAAGAAUGUCUUCAUUCUCAGGACCACUGCUGAGGGGGACUACAUCUUCCUGGCUAAGGAUGAGGAGGAUCUGAAAGGUUGGGUCAACAGCAUCAACGCUAGCCUGAAGGAGAUCGAGGAUAUCGCCAAGUGGGAGAAAGCCACAAACUCCUCCACCGACCCGGACAAAUCAGAGCGCAAGGAGCGUUCUGAAGGGGCGGAGCCAUCCGAGGGGGCAGAGAGAUCAGAGAGGUCAGAGAAGUCUGAGCGUUCAGACCGAUCAGAUAAAAUAGAGGCAUCGGACAGAAGCUCGGAAAAGAGGGACACAUCUGAGAAGGAGAGAGGAGAUAGAGCUGAAAGAGGAGAGAGGGGAGAACGAAGGGAGAGAGAGAGGGGCGAACGAGGAGACCGGGGCUCCAGGGGAUCCAGCACUUCGGGAAAAAGCAAAUGACUCAUCUCUCCACACCUUUAUUUACUCAUCCAUCCCUCCAUCUCUCCAGAGAGAAGACAGGACUUGCAUUUCUCUGUCUCUGUCGCUCUGUUUGUCCUGACAGCCUGAUUUCAGGACCGAUGUAUGUGAUGUCCCUUGAAUGUGUCGAUGUGCGUCUGUGUGCGUGUGCCAAUGUGUUGAAGAGAUUGUCUGUGAAAGAAUUUGACAUGGACAGUAUAAGGCCGUAUCCCAGCAUCAGAGGGCCAGUUCAGCCGCCCUGCUCGACUCUCACAGAAAAGGCACUUUAGAUUAUUGAGGAUAACUAUAGCCCUUAAUAUUUUAGAAGCGUUUUCUCGAAGCAAUAUACUGUACGUAAUAACCGAUGCCGCUCGUUUUAGCUGCUCUGCUCUUCCAAGCGAGUGCGAGAGAGAGAGAGAGAGAGAGAGAGAGAGAGAGAAAGUGAAAGAAAAGUCUUUCCGAGAGAAAUCUGAUGCGGUAGUAGGGACAGUGUUCCUCCUGAUCUUUGCACAGCCCCACACUUGCAUACGCACACGCACUGUGCAUCAUGGGAACACCAUUCUCUCACCUGAGGCCGUACGCGUCUUCCACCUGCUGCUUGUAGUAAUGGUUUUAAUCAUGCGAGACGCUUCACAGUACUGUGGUCAGUCCAAAUUACACUCGAUGAAGAGUCUCAAUCACAAAACGUGAAUAUAAUGUGGCAGUGUGUGUGUGUGUGUGUGUGUGUGUGAAUACAGCUCCAUCCAGAAGGAGAUCAAAUGUACUAUGUAUAAUCUCAUUGAUCGUAUUUAUUAGGUUAUCACGAUACAAAUUUAAAGUGUGAGGUUAUUCUUCCCUGAACUAAGAGGGAGUACGAUCAAAGGCCCCCCGUGUGUGUACAAAUAUGCUGCUUUUUAUCAUCUCUGUCCCCUGACAUCAUUCUUUGAUUGUAAAAUGAUUAGUACACAUAAAAUAGGGUGUCUGUGACUUUGUCAUGCUAUAAAGAAAAGAUUGUAUAUAUAUAUAUUUGUAUAUAUACUAGUAAACAAGAUUUACUUCUAUGAGCUGCAGCGUCUAAUUACAAAAAAAAAAAAUCAUUUUUAUCAAUGUAUGAAAACGUAACAAGUAAAAAAAAAAAAAAAAAAAAGAGUUGUUUAAAGUGCCCCUGGCUGAAUUCAGACAGUAAACAUGCGUGUUAACCGCCUUUUCCGGGAUCUCUUGUAUUACGGAAAUGCAACUUUUAUUGUUUACGGUUUGUUUCGUUUUUUUGGCCGGGGCAAAAAGAUCAGGAUCCUUGUAAAAAGAAAUCACCAUUAAAACCCUCAUCAGAGACUGUUUGUGUUUAGUUUAAAGAAAACUGUCUCUUGACAGCUGUUGCAAAACAACGACAAAGACAAUGAUUUCCCCCUUAAAAUAUAUAGGUGCAAAUUAUAUUUACACAGAUAUGAUACAAAUAAAAAUAUCCGAGUAUACCAGAAUCAAUAAUUAAAAGAAAACUCAGUUUGUCUGUUUUUAAGGUGUUUUUCCACUUAUUUGUAUUGAUGGUCCUAAUGCUUUAAUUUACAUUGUAAAUCACGUUGGUGAGGUCAAGCUUUGUUGUCCAGCUCUGUUUUUACCGCACAAACAUGUUCUUCUCAGUUCAAACUCCGACUGGCCUCAUUGUCUAUGCAACAGCAAAUAUCAACGCCAUACUAAAAUCAAUUUCUGAAACUAAGGACAAACCUUGUGGAAAGCAGUCCUUACCUAAACCUGUGAAUAAUCACAAUACAAGUCUGCAAGUCCUAAUGACAUUAGGACUCUCGUCUAACGUGUCAGUUUUUGUUUUUUUUCUCACUGUGGGUGCCUUAGGAAUGCAUGUCAUAAGGAGAUGUGGACACCACCUCCAUUAUUUUAUUCGGUAUGUUCUGAAUAAAAACAAAAGCAUUUCUUACAGACAGACACACUCGACCCCCCUGAUCAGCUCGGUAUUGAUCAGCGUUUUAAAAGCUGAGCUGAUUGUGUGUGCUUGCUUUCAGAAAUAAGUGAGUUCCUGCUGUCACGUGACUCAGAACACGUACCCUGUAAUGACAGAAAACAGUCGCACACCCUUUGGUCAGGCUUAGGGUCAAAUCUGCUACCGAGUGGAUAUGUAUUUGGUCAUUGUCAUAGAAACUAAGCUUGUUUUGCACUGCGUAACGUUGUCUGGUAUAUGUGACUGAGGGUGAAUGAAUGUCUGUUAUCAAAUUGUUGCUGUGUAUGUCUCUGUCUUACCUUUGCUGAAGCAACCUCACUCCUAACUGGUUUAAAACUUAUUUUAGACUCUUCUACUUAUCCAACAUCCGUUCCAGAGUGACCCUGGCUACGGUCUGCCUGCAUAAAGCACAAUUUCUCCCUGAGCUACAAUCUGGAGUAUUAGAAAAGAGCAUGAUCCCUGCAUUUCUUAAAGCUGCCACAUGAGUUCAGUGUUGAGAAGGUUCAAAUAUUUUUGAUUCGAACACUUUCGGGUUUGCCUCUUUUUAAACCUUCAUGUCUGUCUGUGAUUUUGCUUUCAGACCACGUGGUCAGUUUUGCUUUGUUUCUCUCCAGCUUGACCUCACCAGGAAGUAUUUACAUUUCAAUUCAUUGCUGAAAGAAUGGAGCAAAAAGCCCUAAAAAUGUAUGGAGUGUGUGGGUUGCCCUCCUUUAUUUGAAGUCAGUUGUUUCACACAUGAAAUUAAAGAAAAACACUAUUAAGUUGCAUGAAAGAGAAUAUAGAGGUGAUUUCUAUGCAACAGCUGUGCAUGUUUAUCAAAAGGGUUUCAAUCUUCAGCAAAGCACUGAGUUUUGGAUGAUGAUGAUGAUGAUGAUGAUGAUGGAGAAAUGAGUGGAAUGAGCAGAUCACUUGUAUAGCUGAAAUGAGACAUUAAAUCAUUUAUGUACUGAUAUCUGCACUAAUUCAUAAAUACAGGUUGUAUAUAUCA